AAACCUUCGGGUCUUCAGUUCAGCGCCGGAAAUUGACGUUCAACGGCGGGUGCUUCUUCCUUGUUUUUGGAACGUCAAUUGGUGGUUCGAACUUCGAACCCUAACCGGCUAAACCCCCUCUACCUUCGUCGGCAAUUCAAAGCGACAAACACCAUAAACCCCGAAAGGAAAAAGAACCCAAUUCCAUGGAUCCAUGCCAGCUGGGAAGAACGCGCUGAUCUCCCUGCCAACUCGUUGGCGAUAAUCGCGUCCAUUUCUCCUUUGGAGGAAUUGAUUUCGGCUUCCGUUAGCAAAGGGAAACAGCAGUUGAGAAGCAGCACUGGCGACCUCCCGAUUCCAGUAACUUUGCGGGAUUAGUUUAUCCUGCUGAACUUCACCAGGCAGGUUUUCAUAAACUGCACCAGCAAGCAUGUUACCUUCUAGGCUUUUUCGAGUUGGCCUUGGAGCGUUAAGGAGCCUCUCACAAGGAAGAUGUAGACCCGUGUGUAAAACAGUAGCGAUACCAAGGCUUUAUGGUCAUUAUUUGCAAUCUCGGGUUCAAUCACAUCAAAUUGAAUUGUAUGAGGCUUCCAUUUUUCAGAAGCAUCAUCAUUUUUGUACUGGAGGUUCCAGUGGUGAACCUUCAGACGGAGCUCAGGAGAAGCAAUCGAUAUCUGUAACUUUUGUUGACAAGGAUGGCGAGGAAAAACAGAUCAAGGUCCCAGUGGGAAUGUCCAUGUUGGAAGCUGCCCAUGAGCAUGAUAUAGAGCUAGAAGGAGCAUGCGAAGGCUCGCUUGCAUGUUCGACGUGUCACGUUAUAGUGAUGGAUGUUGACUAUUACAACAAAUUGGAGGACCCAACAGACGAGGAGAACGAUAUGCUGGAUUUGGCCUUCGGGCUAACAGAGACCUCUCGACUUGGAUGUCAAGUGAUUGCAAGUCCUGAGCUUGAUGGCAUGCGGCUAGCUAUUCCUUCCGCCACUCGGAAUUUCGCCGUUGAUGGUUAUGUACCGAAACCGCACUAGCAGCCCCACAAUCUUGGGUUGGAGAAUAGCUGGAGGGGGAUCUAUCGUUCCAUGUCCCAGUUUUGUAGCUAGCAUUGAUGAGGAACGUACCUUCUCCAGUGUCAUUAAAUUUCUCCCCUUUACAUUGCUACAUGUUUGUCUGAUGCAAUAAUCUGGGUCGGUAGUGCUGUUGAUCUCGUUAUCCUGAAAUAGAAAACAUCUGAAACAGAAAUCAACUGUCCCACUGUUGUAAGGUUCUAUGCUCUGUAUUGGGGCUGACUACUGGUUUUGAAUUUUGAUUCCUCAUUAUCAAAUAUUCUUUUGGUGUAACCUCAGUAUCAUAUUGAAAAAAACAAAGAUGAUGGUGGGCUGGUUUGUGGAUUUAUAGAACCGAUUAACCGUUA